ACUCGCCGGUGUGUCCAUUCUUAUUUGGCCCUUCCAGAGCCUUUUCUUACGUCUGCCUACUGUUUUUUCUUCUCUCACAGCCUUCUUGCCGUGUGUACGUGCAGGGCGGUGUGUGUGUCUCGUCGCUCCGUCCCUCCCCCCUCCCCUUCUCCGGCUUUGCGUCGUGCGAAGUUCCACGACGCGAGCUUAAGCUCUGACGACCCCAAACCCAGAAUGGCGUCUACUUUCAACUCCAUCCCGGCCAGCGGUACCGCUGUCGGUUCUUCUGCACAGAAUUCCACCGCUGCCAGGCCGUCUCUCCGGCCCAGCGCCAGUACCAGAGCGCCUGACGGAGGGCGACGACAGACCGGCAGCCCCGUCGAUGCUGGAACGAGGCGCAGCAAUUCCCAAAAGGCCUGGUCUCAGGCCACAAACCCCAUCACCCAGAAGCCUUCCUUCUCGCAACACAACGGCCACAUGGCUCACCAACGUUCAACCGCGUCGCCAAAGCUGAAAGAGUCCAACACCCCGGAUAGUCAUGCGCAUGACCGCCUGCUCUUCCUGCUUACCAGCUUUAUUGGCCUCAACGCGACGGUUGCCACCAAGACGGGAGACAUUUUCACCGGAAUUUUCUCAUCGGCGUCCACCGAACCCAACGAUUCGUCGUUUGUGCUGAAGAUGGUCCAGCGUCCCUCGCAACAGGAUUCAGCUCGGUCAAACGGGGUCAGCGCCGUUGCGACCCCGUUUCUUGGAUCCGCCCCGGAUCACAGCAUGUCUUUCGACUCGAAGGAUAUUGUUGAUAUCUCGGUCGCUAAUGUGACCACGGCUGAUGUCACUGUCAAGGAAUCAAACGGCGCUUCGGCCGGUUUCCGGACAGAUACCGAUAUCUCUGGCAAUCUCGCCAUUCGCGAACGCACCUUGAAGCGCUGGGAGCCCGCAGCGGACACCAACAUCGACAUGUCUCUCGAGAGCUCAAGCCAUGCUACUGGUGGCUGGGAUCAGUUCGAGGCGAACGAGCGGCUGUUCGGAGCCACGAGCAACUACGAUGAGAACUUCUAUACCACUCGUAUCGACCGUUCGGAUCCUACAUACAAGCGGAAGGAGGCAGAGGCCGCACGGAUUGCCCGUGAGAUCGAAACUAGUGACGUGGACAACGCCCACGUCCGCGAGGAACGAAACCUGGCUCCCAUUGGAGGCACCGGCCACGAUGAGGAAGAUUUAUACAGCGGUGUCCGCCGUGAUGAUGCGAAAUUCCCUCCUCUUGCCUCCGGGCAGCCGAACAAAUACACGCCUCCUGCGCGGAGACAGCCAGCCCCUGCUGCCGCCCCCACAGGGCCUGCCGGUCCUGUCAAGUCGACACCGACAACCCCGAUGGAACAGGCGUCCGACCCCUCCAAGGGUAAGGGUAAGUCUGCCUCGGAGUUGCCCCAAGAGAAACCACAACAGCCGGCCGCCGCUCAACCCACGAUAACCGUCAAACCACCCGUCGAAGCAGCAUCGAAGCCCGCCGCGGCAAAGAUCCCUCCAUCCACGACCACGUUACCCAAACGGCCGGCUGUGGAGAAUGCUACCGCCAACGUGGAGACAGAGGUGCUGGAUCACUUCCGUCAGUUUGCCAACAGCGAGAAACUGAAGAUGCAGGAGCGCCGCCGAAACCAGGCCUCUUAUGAUCGGACUGUCAAGCUGAACGAACUGAUGAAAUUCUCGAAGAGUUUCAAACUCGCUACACCCGUUCCCAAAGACCUGGUGCCUAUCCUAGCCAAAGACCCUCACAAACAAGAAGAGAUUAUCCAGCGAGCGCAGCAGCAGGUGGAUGAAAAGGCCCCCUCCAAAGCCGUUCCUGUGACGGCUGACCAGAAGCCGGCGCCCAGGGCUCCGGCCCCUGCCCCUGCCCGCUAUGACAGUGGGACGAUGCCUUCCCUUGCUCAGAACGACCGUCAGAGCUUCCCCCGGGGUCGACCUGUAUUUCCCCCCACUGGCCCAGGAGGCGGCCGAGCCCCGCAACAGCCAAUGAACUCUAGUCGCCCGGGCACCGGUAUGCUCAGUCAUCGACUGGCCGAUAAUCUUCAACAGCGCAAGGGUACCGGGAUGGCUUCUGCCCCGGCUCCUCUACCCAUCAACGACGCCAGACCCCCGACGGGUCCUGCAGGAGAGCAGCAGUCCGGUGUUUCCAGCCCGACCAAGCUGCAAACCCCUCCUUCGGCCAUCUCUACAAAAUUCAAUGUCAAGGCCAUGGAGUUCAAGCCCAACCCUGCCGCCAGCUCAUUCACACCUGGCGGCGGCGGCAGCGGCACCACCGCCGCCGCCACUGCUGCUGCUGCUGCUACCACUACUGCUGCGGCUAGCCCCCAAUCGGUCACUCGAGGCCGUUCAGUCUCUCGCACAACCAGUCCAUCUGCCUUCUUUGGAGCCAAAAAGCUUCGGCCAAUGGCCGAGCGGCUCUCCAUCAACGAGAACUUCAACCCAAUCAAACGGAUGAAGAAGGAAAGUGUUGAACAAGCGGACAAGGACUACUCAUUCAACGGUGGAAUCCCCCCGCCUUACAAGACACUCCCGACUUGGGACGCGCCCGCGGCGAAUGACGGUAAAUCAUACUUGGAUAUAUUCAAGAACACGACGGCUACACCGUCGAUCUCCCCUCAGAAUCAGCCGUCUUCCAAUACUCAGGUACCCCCGCCACACCAGCUCCCCUUCCAAUACCAGCAGUCGAACCCGAACAUGCCCCCCUCUUCAGGUCCACCACUUGGCCCCCAUCACCUUCAUCCUCAACAUCAUGCAUCUGGACCUCCUCAUUUUGAUGACCAUCAUCGUAUGCAGAUGUCCGCUUCCACUUCGCAAAUUUUCCCUUCCCCCAGGCUUCAGCAUAGUCACGUCGCCUAUCCAUCUCCAAUGACCCAUCAUGCACAGCUUGCCUUCGGUCAACCCGUCCCGCAGUUCUAUGUGAACCAGAGUGGGCCCCAACCGGCGCAUAUGCGACACUACCCAGGCACCCCCCAGUUCGUGAGCCCCCCGGCCGCCAUGGGUGCCCCCAUGAUGGUACAGCAACCGUCGAGUGGUCCGUAUAUGGGUGUCCCACAAGGCAUGGCGCCCUAUGGUCCCCAGAUGCAAAUGUACUCCCCGAGCCCCGGCCACGCUUAUCCACAGCAUGGCCCGCCCCCCCAGCCGCACAGCGGAUAUCCCAGUCCAAGCAGAGGAGCACCGAUGAUGAUGCAUCAAAGCUCUCAGCCGGGGCAGCCUCCUCAGCCAGUCAUGUUCAUGUCGCCUGGACAGCAUGGACAAGCAGGAUAUGCUGCCCAGCAGCCAGGCCACAAGUUCCUCCGGUUCGAGCCGGCUACCCACAACCGCAACCCCCUUUCCAAUCUAGUCCUCAUCAGAUACAACAACACUUCCCUCACCACCAAAGUCGCAGACCGAGUAAUGGCUUCAACCAGAUGAAUCAAAUGCCAUCUCAC